CUUGGCUUCGGGUCACGGGUCUUUGGGCAAAGUUACCCGGCAUGAAGAACGUGCCAAGAAUUGCAAAUUGGCGUGACUUGAUUUAUUUCUCUUUCUGGAAGCAUAGGCCUACACGGCCAUAGGCACAGAGGCCUUUCUCCUUUUUUGUGUCCUAGUGCUUUGCAGUCCGAACUUUGAAUGUGAGCUCGAGUUCAUAAGAACAGCCUCAGUUGCAGCUGUUUUGGUGCCACGUGGCGUCUUUCAGAGUCCCAUUCGAUCGAGCAUGGUCUUCCUCCCCGAGGCCGUUGCUAUUAGGUUGGAGGCCAUGAGGCCGUUGCUCUUAGGUUGGAGGCCAUCGCUACUUACUACGGUGGAGGAUGCGGAUGUGAGGCUGACAAACCUCCGCUUAGACGAUCCGGAGCUUCGACGAGAAGCAGUGCGAUCGUUGCAACAGGAGCGACGCUUUCUGGCGCGCUACCGGAAAAGUGGAGACCUUUCGCUGGUCCGGAAAUGGGCACGGAGCUCAGCAAAGCUGGGUGCGUCAUGGCAGACGGAGGAGCAGCCACAGAUCCAGGAGAAGCAAGGUCUCGGACAUGAGCUGCGGGCUGCCUUUCUGGAUUUGCGCCUUGAGGCAAAGCGUGCACUUGAGGCCAAGGAGAAGCGGAAGGAGGAGCACAAGGAUCGCAUUGGCCGUGUCAAACGACACCAAGAUGUGGCCAUUCUUUCCUCAGAUGAGGAGGCAGACUUGCUGUUGCAAACGCCUCCCCCGCGACCAGCCAGAGAGGUCUUCAGUGAAGAGAAGACCAUUGCAAUUGCAUGUGAGGCCGUGAGUGACGCGCCUGCGCACAUUCGGUUUGCUGCGAAGGCAGGUCUUGACAACAUCCGCAUCAUUGACUGAGAGAGGCCAACAAGGACCACGAUUUGGUCACGGUCCCAUCCAGGGAGCAUCAGGGAGCUGUUGACUC